GCUUCUCUCCGGCGUUUCAUGCCUGUUUAACGCUAAUAGCUCAGCCUUACGGAGCACACAGACGCAGAGUUCACAGUAAGGCGAAACAAUGGUGACGGUAGAUUCUCCACAAACCUGUACAGAUGUUAAGAUGAGCGGCGAACCGGUGGCGCGGACGGAACCUCACACUGAGGCGGCAGGUGAACAAAAUGGGCUAGACUUUACAAGACAGAUAAAGACGGAGGACGCCAGCGACUCGCCUUCAGCGCAGCGGACAUGUGGCCUGCUGCAGGGGUCUCCGGCCCCGAGCACACAGCUGGCAGGGGACCUGACUUCCCUGCAUCCCCUGCAGCAGCUGGUGCUGGUGCCCGGACCUCACCUCUCAUCCUCUCCCUUCUUCCUCUCUCAGAACCAGAACGGACAUCAGGCCAUGCUGCAGCAGAACCUGCUGUCCCUGAACUGUCAGAGCCAGACGGGUGUGUCCCAGCUCCAGCCUGGACUGGCUCUCACUCCGCAGUCUGGGAGUCGGACAGGCCUGGCAUCCUCUCUGGAUGGACACCUGGAGAUGCCACACCUGCAGGUCCCCAAACACCUGCCCCCCUCUCAGCAGGACGAGCCGACUGACCUGGAGGAGCUGGAGCAGUUCGCCAAGGCCUUCAAACAGAGGCGCAUCAAGCUGGGCUUCACACAGGGAGAUGUGGGCCUGGCCAUGGGGAAGCUGUAUGGGAGUGACUUCAGUCAGACCACCAUCUCCCGCUUCGAGGCCCUCAACCUGAGCUUCAAGAACAUGUGCAAACUGAAGCCCUUGCUGGAGAAGUGGCUGAGUGAUGCAGAAAACUCUCCUGGCGACACCAGACAGGACACCAUUACCCCCCUAAUAGAAGGCUUUGCGAGGAAGAGGAAGAAGAGGACCAGCAUCGAGACCAAUAUCAGGCUCACCCUGGAGAAACGCUUUAUAGAUAACCCCAAGCCCAGCUCGGAGGAGAUCGCUGUGAUCUCAGAGCAGCUGUCCAUGGAGAAGGAGGUAGUGCGCGUCUGGUUCUGCAACCGGCGGCAGAAAGAGAAGCGGAUCUCCAGCCCCAUGACCACAUCGCCAGUGAAGACUCCCGCAUACAGCUCCAGAAUGGUUCCCACGUCCAGGUCGUUCAGUCCUGUCCCUGUAGGAGGGGCGUCAUCAAGCUCUUCCCCCAGCAGUCCCGGCCGAGGGUCAUCCCCCAACGCACCCCCAUCCUGCCCCAGCACCGGGACGGCACAGGGGGGGCACCAGCCCCUCAGCUCCACAGGAUCGUGGUACCGAGCGUGGAACCAUUCCUCAUAUCUUCACUGAACACUGCCGUCCUGGACUUCAGAGGCUGAAAGCGGCUGUAUGCAGGGGUUGCUCCAGGGCACCAGGCAGGAGGAAGCUGCUUUAGAUGAUGCAGAUGCCACAAGCACAGAGUUUUAUCUGUUUUCCACAAUUAAGUAGUUGUGAAUCUCCAGCCUGACUCGUAUCA